UACGUCCUCCCGAGGCCAAAUCCCUUCCUCCCGAACGCGCUUUCUCUCUCUUCUUUGCGUCGACCUGCGCUGGCCUUGACCUCGCCCUUUUCUUUUUCGCCGUCUCACCAAACUUUCGCGGAGGCCGCGCGGGUCAUCAGGCCCCUUCCAGCCUCUACCAACUCCUGGAGAUCAUAUCAAUUUGGCCCAGAAAUCCUUCAAGUCGUCAAGAGAAGAAGGUGCAAGCCAAUCCCGCCAUGGCUUCCACCAACUCAGGUGCAACUCCACCUCCAAAACCUUGGGAACAAGCAGGGAACUCAUCUGGUCCUGCACCUUUCAAGCCACCAUCGUCUGGAAGCACAAGUGAAGUAGUUGAAGCAUCCGGGACAGCAAAUGCAGGAGAAAUUGUUCCUAAUGCUCAGAGGAAUACUUCAACAACAAAUACUCUUGGGAGGCCUCUGCCACCAAGGCCAUGGGAGCAAAGUUAUGGGAACAGCUAUUACAACUCAGGCUAUGGUUCCAGCUUAUUCAGUCCAUAUAGUACACUUGGUGGUCCAUCAUAUAAUAAUGGUCUUUAUGGAAAUAGCAUGUACAGAGGUCUUGGAGGUUUUGGAGGCAACAUGUAUAACAGUGGAUUUGGUGGCCAAUUGGGUCCUUAUGGGAUGGGCAUUGGCGGUCCGUAUGGCAAUGAGGAUCCUAAUAACCCAUAUGGCCCAUCAUCGCCUCCAGGCUUCUGGAUAUCCUUCAUUCGGGUGAUGAAUGGAGUUGUGAACUUUUUUGGUCGGAUAUCAAUCCUUAUCGAUCAGAAUACUCAGGCCUUCCAUCUGUUUAUGUCAGCACUUCUUCAAAUCAUUGACCGGACUGGCUUGUUAUAUGGUGAGCUUGCAAGGUUUGUGUUCCGGUUGCUAGGGGAUCAGAAAAAAGCCUAGAAACACCAAACAGCUGGGAUCUUCUGAGCUUUCUGGUAACUCUGAAGUGGAGGAUCAAAAAGUACAUUGAGGGCCCUAGAGAUGCUAGGGUUCGUGGGAUAAUGUCUGGGGAAAUGGUGUCAGAGGAUCCAGCUGAGAGAAACGUAGACAAUGCCAAGAAUGAAACAGGCAUGGGGUAUGUAAUUGAGCAUGGAAUUCAAGAAGUGAUUUUUAAUACAGCAAUGAGUAAAGGUUGUGAUGUAUGUUGAGAGGUAUUGUUCUUGUUUCUAGUCUUGGGCAUGUUCAGAUUAUAAUGGAUGUUCAAGUAAGCGAUUUUCUACAUAUUUCUGUAUGGGAGUAAGUUUUUCAACUUGCUUGAACAAAGAUCUAUAAUUCUUCUGUUCUUAAUCAAGGUCUUAUUUCUCCCAGUGUGAAUUGUUUCCUUUCAAGACAGUGCUGCCACCAUUGUGCAUGUUGUGAUCAAGUGAAGAAGUCUGAUAGCUGUGAGAACAGUUGCAUUUUACAUGUGCUAUCAGUCAGCUGUCAGAUGUGCUUCUGUGAUUUUAAACAGCCAAUAUCUGUUCAUUCUCAAUUGAUACAUUCAGCAUUGCACAUGCCUCAAUUGCUUUUUGCUGGCACUUAUUAUGACCUCAGAAUCGAAGCUGAAAAGAAUGGAGUGCCGACCCAUUUUAGAAAAUAGCUAAAGCCAUUGCAAAUCAAAUAAUCAUUUAGGUGCUCCCAGAGGCUUUCUUCCUAUUGAUCCCUGGCUACAUGUAUACUGAACAAAGUUGAAACUGAGAGAUUGGUUUUUCUGU